AUGUCUUCUCUAACGGAGCCAACCACUGGCGAAUCGCCAGCCCAAGGCGGUUUGAAAUACCUAGUCAAGAAUCCUUAUCUCUUCGGUGUUGCGCUGUUCUCGACCCUCGGCGGUCUCCUUUUCGGCUAUGACCAAGGCGUCAUCUCGGGAAUCCUGACUAUGCAGUCAUUUGGUGCUCGCUUCCCCCGCAUCUACACCGACAGUAAUUUCGAGGGCUGGUUCGUUUCUACGCUUCUACUCGCGGCAUGGUUCGGAUCCCUUUGCAACGGUCCCAUUGGCGAUCGCCUCGGCCGUAAAGCGUCAAUGUUGAUUGCAGUGGUGAUUUUCACUGUUGGAUCGGCGAUCCAGUGCAGUGCUCAGAAUAUUCCCAUGUUGUUUGCGGGCAGGGCUGUGGCUGGUUUUGCUAUUGGACAGUUGACGCAGAUUGUGCCUUUGUUUAUUUCUGAGAUUUCCGUGCCUGAGAUUAGAGGAAGUCUCGUCGUGCUUCAGCAAUUAUCAAUCACAAUCGGCAUCCUAAUCAGUUUCUGGAUUGACUACGGCACAAACUACAUUGGUGGCAUCCGGUGCGCCCCAUCAAUACCCUACACAGGCGGAACCCCUUCCAAACGCACCUUCAACCCAUACAUCGACAUCCCCGCCGACGGUAGAUGCACAGGCCAAUCCGAAGCAUCCUGGCGUCUCCCCUUUGCUUUCCAAAUCGUCCCCGCUUUGUCGCUGGGCGUUGGAAUGUUCUUCUUCCCGGACUCACCGCGUUGGUUACUCAUGCGUGAGCGUGACGAAGACGCUAUCGCGACGUUGUGUAAAUUACGUCGAAAGACGGAGCGGGAUGACCCGGACAUCGUCAAGGAGUAUCUCGAGAUCAAGGCAUCAAUUAUGCUUGAAAAUUCAUUCGCAAAGGAUAAAUGGCCGGAGUUGUCUGGCAUCAGGCUUGAGGUUGCACAGUAUGUGUCGUUAGUUACCUCCUGGCCACGGUUUAAGAGACUUGCAAUUGGAUGUGUGGUUAUGUUUUUCCAGCAGUUUAUGGGCUGUAACGCAAUGAUAUAUUACGCCCCCACGAUCUUCGCCCAGCUCGGUCUCAGUGGAAACACAACCUCCCUCCUCGCCACGGGCGUCUACGGCAUCAUAAACUGUUUGAGCACCCUCCCGGCCCUGUUUUUCAUCGACAAAGUCGGUCGUCGCCCUUUGUUAAUGUGCGGCGCAAUCGGUACUUGCGUCUCGCUGGUGAUUGUGGCUGGUAUUAUUGGAGUCUAUGGGUCUGCGCUGGUAGACCAUAAGAGUGCUGGUUGGGCGGGGAUUGCGUUUAUUUAUAUUUAUGAUGUUAAUUUUUCGUAUUCCUUUGCGCCGGUUGGAUGGGUUCUCCCCUCGGAGAUUUUCAAUCUUUCGAUUAGGUCAAAGGCUAUUUCGAUUACGACUUCGGCGACUUGGAUGUGCAACUUUAUCAUUGGCUUGGUUACGCCGGACAUGCUUUCGUCCAUUACUUGGGGAACAUAUCUCUUCUUUGCGGUAUUUUGUCUGAUUGCUUUUGCAUUCACAUUCUUUGUGAUUCCAGAAACAAGAGGAAAGACUCUCGAAGAUAUGGAUCUCAUCUUUGGCGAUACUGCGGCUCACGAAGAAAAGGAACGUAUUGUCCAUAUCGAGGCUCAGCUACGCGGUGUACCGCUUGUCAGCCAGGAGGUGCUCAAAGGCGAUAUUGUGCAGCAGGAAAAUGCUCAGGGACUGAACUAG